GCUGUACACGUGGUUGGCUGGCUGUCAUUAGCGCAGUGUGUGAUUGGUCGUCACUUUGUUAUUGUAGUGUAGAGAGAGACGCUCUUUGUGAAUGAAUGCAGCCGGAAGAGGAGUGCAGAGACACUAGAGGGCGCUGUACAGGAGAGCUGUGUGUAUGAGGACAGAGCUCAGGGAUGGUAGAGAGGAGUCUGUACUGAUCUGUAUGGAGUCACCGAGUACACGAUCUCCUCUGUGAUCACCUGACUGCCUCUACUACAAUGCUGAGAUCCUUAAUUGGAAGCAAUGUGACCUACCAGAGGAUCUCCGCCACUGGCAAGAAUGAAAAUCCGGAAAACAAAGUAUCAUUUCUCAGCAGGGUGACCUAUUCCUGGUACAGCAGGAUAAUAACACUUGGUUAUAAGAAACCAUUGGAAAGAGAAGAUCUGAUUGAGCUGAAUGAAGCUGAUUCAUCAUAUGUUAUUUACCCUGCAAUAGAAAAAAACUGGAGGAAAGAAAUAGUGCCACAAGGCAAGAAGGAUUCCAGUUCCAGAAAGCCGUCAUUACUGAGAGCAUUAUGGAGCACCUUCAGAUUUUCUCUCAUCUAUGUGGCUCUGAUGAAAGUAGUGGCAGAUCUCUUGGCCUUUACCAGCCCUCAGAUUUUAAAGCAGAUGAUAACUUUCUGCGAGCAGCGGACGGGGGAUCCCAGGACUGGCUAUAUGUUUGCUUUGUCUCUUCUCAUAGUCACAAUAUUGCAAACUAUAAUCCUACAACUAUACCAACGUUACAACAUGCUGACUGCAGUGAAAUGUAAAACAUCUCUUAUUGGAAUGAUCUAUAAAAAGUCAUUAAACUUGGCCAGCUCUACUCGGAGGAAAUUUACAACGGGGGAAUUGGUCAAUUUGAUGUCUUCAGAUGCCCAGCAGAUCAUGGACCUGACAGUGAACAUUAAUCUGCUGUGGUCGGCCCCGUUCCAGAUCCUUAUGGCCAUCAUCUUCCUGUGGCAGGAGCUCGGGCCGUCGGUACUGGCUGGUGUGGCUGUGCUGAUCCUGGUCAUACCUUUGAAUGCUUACAUUGCCGGUAAAGUGAAACAGCUGAAGAAAAGCCAUUUGAAGAGUAAAGAUCUGCGCAUCAAGUUACUGAAUGAAAUCCUGCAUGGAAUAAAGAUUUUGAAGCUGUAUGCCUGGGAACCGUCUUAUCAGAGGAAAGUCAGUGAAAUUAGGGAAAAGGAAAUGGAUGUGCUAAAAUCUUCUGGAUAUCUGACCACAUUCUCUAUGCUGACACUCACCUGCAUUCCUUUCCUGGUCUCCAUUGCUACAUUUGGAGUAUAUUUCCUGAUCAAUGAAGAAAACGUUCUGACGGCAUCAAAGGUUUUUACAACAAUAUCUCUCUUUAACAUCCUGCGACUUCCAUUGUUUGAUCUUCCUACAGUCAUCUCAUCAGUAGUGCAGACUAAAGUUUCUCUGGUACGAUUGGAAAAUUUUCUUUGUAGUGAAGAACUCGUCCCAGAAAACAUUGAAACCGAUUAUAAAGGAAAUCAUGCGGUUGGAUUUAGUGCUGCUUCCUUCCAGUGGGAAACAAAUGGUCCCCCCAUCUUGAAAGAUCUCCACAUAAAAAUUCCAGAAGGCUCGUUGGUUGCUGUUGUUGGCCAAGUUGGAUCUGGAAAGUCAUCCCUGCUCUCGGCAAUUCUAGGGGAGAUGAACAAAUUGGAGGGGACUAUUCAAAGAAAAGGCUCUGUGGCCUAUGUAUCGCAGCAAGCAUGGAUACAGAAUGCAUUGUUUCAGGAGAACAUUCUCUUUGGAGAAGCCUUCAAUAAACCGUAUUAUGAGAGAGUCCUAGAAGCCUGUGCCCUCCUUCCUGAUCUGGAGCUCUUACCACAUGGAGACCAAACUGAAAUUGGAGAGAGGGGUGUGAACUUAAGUGGCGGUCAGAAACAGCGAGUCAGUCUGGCGAGAGCUGUGUAUAGCAAUGCAGACAUCUAUCUGUUAGACGACCCCUUGUCUGCUGUGGAUGUUCACGUUGGGAAACAUCUGUUUGAUAAAGUUAUUGGACAGAAUGGGCUGUUGAAAAAUAAGACAAGGGUCCUGGUGACACACAGCCUCACCGUUCUUCCUCUAGUGGACGUCAUUAUUGUCAUGGAAGAUGGCAGGAUUACUCAGGCUGGCAAUUAUACAGACCUGAUCUCAAAACGGCAGGACUUUGCAGACCUAAUCCAAACCUCUGGGGCACAGGAGAAUCUAAAUGAAAAACCCCCAAAUCUUAUAAAAGAAACCAAAAAUGUCAAGAUCGAUCAGAGACAAGCCCCAGAUAAUCUGGCUCAAAAAGACAGGUCAGUGUUCGAGAUGCCAAAUGCUUCAAGAAUGAAUAAAGAGAAGGUGGCCACGGGAAGUAUGAAAAUGUCAGUGGUGAUGAAAUACCUUCACGCUUUUGGAUGGUUCUGGGUGAUGUUCACAAUAGUAGCUUACAUAGGACAGAAUGCUAUGGCUAUUGGACAAAACGUGUGGCUGAGUAGAUGGACAACAGAGGCCAAGCAAGUAAAAGAUACAGCAGAAUGGGUCGACCAGAGGAACAAUCGGCUGGGGAUCUAUGGACUUCUGGGGUUUUUACAAGGCGUUUUUGUCUGCUAUGGUGCCUAUGUGAUCACAAGAGGAACAAUCUGCGCCUCUCGCUCACUCCACAACCAGAUGUUAGACAAUAUCUUACACCUACCACUCCAGUUUUUUGAAACGACACCCAUGGGUCAAGUAUUGAACCGCUUCACUAAGGACAUAUAUGUGAUAGACGAGCGCUUUCAUUACUAUUUAAGAACAUGGUUAAACUGUAUGCUGGAUGUGCUGGGCACUAUACUGGUCAUUGUCUGUGCCACCCCGCUGUUCUUAGUGGCCAUUGUUCCCCUAGGAUUUUUAUACCUUCUCAUCCAGAGAUAUUAUAUCGCCAGCUCGCGACAAAUCCGCAGACUCGAUGGGGCUUCUCGUUCCCCAGUCAUCUCACACUUCAGCGAGACGUUGUCAGGGGCUUCGACAAUCAGAGCCUACGGGCAUCAGGAGAGGUUCAUCGGACAGAACAAGGAUGCAGUGAAUGAAAAUUUGGUCUGCUACUACAAUAAUGUGAUUUCUAACAGGUGGCUUGCGGUGAGAUUGGAAUUUCUUGGGAACUUGAUGGUUUUCUUUGCUGCUUUGUUUGCCAUGCAAGGCAGUGAUAAAAUGACUUCUGGAACAGUGGGAUUGUCCAUCACCUAUGCUCUAAAUAUCACACAGACAUUAAACUUCUGGGUACGUAAAGCCUGUGAGAUUGAGACUAACGGAGUAGCCAUAGAACGUGUUUGUGAAUAUGAAGACAUGGAGAAAGAGGCCCCCUGGGUUAUCGCUAGAAGACCGCCCUUGGAGUGGCCGGACAAAGGAGUGAUUGAAUUUACCAACUAUCAGGCCAGAUAUCGGGAAGACUAUGACUUGGCUCUCCGUGAUGUCACCUUUCAGCUGCGUACUACAGAGAAGCUUGGUAUUGUUGGGAGAACAGGAGCUGGGAAAUCUACACUCACAAACUGCUUAUUCCGUGUUGUGGAGAGGGCAGGAGGCAAGAUUGUGGUGGAUGGGAUUGACAUAGCUACUAUCGGUCUCCAUGAUUUACGGAGCAAAUUUAAUAUCAUACCACAGGACCCAGUUUUAUUCUCAGGAACGCUCCGGAUGAACCUGGAUCCGUUAGACAAACAUUCAGAUCUGGAGCUCUGGAAUGCUCUGGACAUGUGUCAUCUGAAGGACUUUGUGCAGUCUCUUCCCAAGAAACUCUACCAUGACAUCUCCGAGGGAGGAGAGAACCUCAGCGUUGGACAGAGGCAGCUGAUCUGUCUUGCUCGAGCCUUACUCCGGAAGACAAAGAUUCUGGUUCUAGAUGAAGCAACGGCCUCCAUUGAUAUGGAAACAGAUAAUCUGGUUCAGAGCACCAUUCGAAAUGCAUUCAUUGAUUGCACUGUACUGACCAUAGCGCACAGAUUGCACACCGUCAUGGACAGUGAAAGGGUGCUCGUUCUGGAAGCAGGCAGAGUUGUGGAGUUUGAUGAGCCCCAGCGACUGAUACAGAAGAAAGGGGUCUUCUUCAAGAUGGUGGCAGAGGCCGGGAUACUCCCGAAUACAGAGCAGUAAAUGAGAUAUGGGAGAUUGGAGAUUGUUGUUAAGCAGUACAUCAUAAGAGAUCAGAAUGUUCCCUGUCCAGGCACUGGCUUUUUUAUCUGCUUCCUUCUCUGGUACACAACAAAAGCAUCAACACUGGAACAAUUCAUUCUAUACCAGCCAAACUUAAUACCUUGCUCCUAUGUUUUUAUAUCAUUUUUAUCAUUCCUUUACAUUUUUUAAUUUGGUUUGUUUCCAUGUCAUUUUUGAGAGUCAUUAGGGCAGCUUUUAAAGUGAAACCCUGAUAAUGGUGGACUUUGGUGGUUCUGGGUCUCCAGAACAGACCAUUUGAACUACAGCUCACCAUAAAACCAAGAGAUCCCAAUGGUACGUCAAGAGGACGG